CCUUGACUGCUCCAUCACCUGCUUUACGCUGCUGCGGAGCGACCGCUUCAGACGUUUCACAGCUUCACGAGUGAAAAUGGCAGUGUUCCUCCUAGCCUGCUGCUCGCUUUCAUUCCCAAACGUGCGCAACAGUGCGCGCAACACCCUGGUCUAGCUUUACGCGCACAAUCCACGACCCCGUUAGAGCUUCUGACGCGAGUUACAUCCCUUUACUACCCACGUGUGCGCGCUUCGCCAGUGACUUUCAGAAAGCGCUACAGGUUUGAGUAAAAUGUGUUUCUCAGCGCCCUCUCCCAUCAGCCCGCCGAACCUCUGCUAUUAUUACCAAGUCAGUGGUUGGAAAGUGCGCAGCCAUCCCGUGGGAGGUUUUGUUCCUCACCCUAGCAUCUGCAGAGACGGGUCGGAGGUGAGCUGUGGUUUUUCAGUCAGUGCCAAACGGAAGCUGUGAGGAGAAGGACACGCGCUGUGAUGGCUCAUGGAUUUCCUGCAUGGACGAACAUUUACGCACAGUCGAAGUUUCUUUAGAUUGAGAAUUUGGAGUUUACUGCAUUAAUGGUGCUCUUUUGAUCAAUCUGGAGACGAUGAAGUAUAUUCUUGAAUAAGUUGUGAAUUGUUCAAAUUUUUUCACUGAUAAGAAAUCCACGAAGAGGAAAAUGGAUAUCUUUCUUUUUUCAUUUUAUUUAAUGUUUAUUAAAGAGGCUUAUUCAUUCAGCUACAACACUGCCAGCAAACUCCAACCUCAUAUGCCCAAUGUGUGCACCGAGAGGGAAGUGACACUGGUUGCUCAGAGGCAGCCGUGUGUGCAGGCCUUCACACGCAUGGUUAAAGUGUGGAAGCAAGGCUGCGCGGGGCAGCUGUGGUGCAUGGGAUAUGAGCGGAGGACAGCCUAUUACACGGCAUACAGGCAGGUUUACAAACAGGACUAUCAAACGGUACACAAGUGUUGUCCUGGGUGGUCUCAGCUCAAUGGAGACGCAGGUUGUCUCUAUCCGAUGUGUAGCUAUGGAGUGUGCUUCAACGGGGGCCAGUGUCGGGAAGGAUCUAACCAGCUUUGUGAAUGUCCUGCAGGAUUCAAUGGGCCUAGCUGCCAGUAUGACGUGAAUGAAUGCGAGGAAACCAACGGAGGCUGCGAGGCCGUCUGCUGUAACACCAUCGGGAGCUUUUACUGCCGAUGUCCUUCUGGUCAGAAGCUGAACGAAGAUGGCAAAACAUGUGAAGAUAUAGAUGAAUGCCAGGUCCAUAACGGAGGCUGCCAGCACAGAUGUGUUAACACCAGGGGCUCGUACUACUGUGAAUGCCACCCCGGCUCCAGGCUUCAUGUGGACGGCCGCACCUGCCUCACCGUGCAUUCGUGCACCGUCCGCAACGGAGGAUGUGAACACUACUGUCUGCAGCAGUCGGCCUCUUAUUUCCGCUGCCGCUGCAAGCCAAAUUACGUUCUGGCAGAGGAUGGCAAGCACUGUAAAUUGCAGAACCCCUGCGCAGCUGAGAACGGCGGCUGCAUGCAUGAGUGUCGAGUCGAUGGAGGAAAGCCUUUCUGUGACUGUAAACCUGGCUAUCUGCUGGCUGAAGAUGGGAAAACCUGCCAAGAUAUUGACGAGUGUAAGACGGAGGAGACCAGCUGCGCUCAUGGCUGCCGCAACACUCUGGGCUCCUACGCUUGUGUUUGCAACGCUGCCUAUGAACUGGGAUCGGAUGGGAGACAGUGUUACAGGAUUGAGAUGGAGAUCGUGAACAGCUGUGAGAACGACAACGGCGGAUGCUCUCAUCAGUGUCAGCAUUCGACCGGCGGACCCGUGUGCACCUGCAACCACGGUUACCGGCUCCACGACGACCUGAAAACCUGCGUUGAUGUCGACGAGUGUGGAGAGCAGAGCUCCUGUUGUGAGCAGGACUGCACCAACUACCCCGGCGGCUACGAAUGCUACUGCUCAGCAGGACACAGACUCAGUGGGGAUGGAUGUAGCUGUGACGAUGUAGAUGAGUGUGCGGCGGCCGCUAACGGCGGCUGUGAUCACACAUGCCAGAACACUGCCGGCUCCUUCCAGUGCUUCUGUCGACGGGGUUUCCGACUGAACGAGGACAGGCGCUCCUGCAUCCCUCUUGAGGGUGCAAUUGAAGCCCUCUCCAGUGGGGGCGCCAUUGAGCUUCCCCUCAUUCGCCCCCAGCUCACCUUACUCCGGGAUUACGACCCUCCCCUGGAGCGCUACGAUGACUACGAGGAUGACGACGGGGAGCUGAGGGCUGAAAGCAGCCUGGCUGAGAAAUUCGUGUGUCUGGAUGACACCUUCGGCAGCGACUGCAGUCUGAGCUGUGACGACUGCACUAAUGGGGGGACAUGCAAUGUGUGGGGAAACGGCUGUGAUUGCCCAGACGGAUGGACGGGAAUCAUCUGCAAUCAGACCUGUCCUCUGGGGUAUUUUGGAAAGAACUGCUCCCUGGCCUGUAAGUGUAAAAACGGUGCCAGCUGUGAUCCGGUCAGCGGAAGAUGCCGCUGCCCUCCUGGUGUGACCGGAGACCUGUGUCAGGACGGCUGUCCUAAAGGUUUCUAUGGGAAGCUGUGCAACAAGAAGUGCAACUGUGCCAACAAUGGCCGCUGCCACCGGACCUACGGAGCCUGUCUGUGUGAUCCAGGACUCUAUGGCCGCUUCUGUCACCUCCCGUGUCCGAAGUGGACUUUCGGAGCUGGCUGCUCUCAGGAGUGUCGGUGUGAGCAGAAAAACACGAAGGAAUGCCACCGCUACCACGGCACCUGCGUCUGCAAAGCGGGUUACCAGGGCAGCAGCUGCAAGGAGGAAUGUAAACCCGGUACUUUUGGACAUGGCUGUGAGCAGAAGUGCUCCUGUCCGUCUGGGGCGUCCUGCGAUCCCGUGACUGGAGACUGCCGACGAAAAUGCCCCGCUGGCCGUCACGGGCACAAAUGUGAGCAAGCGUGCCCAGAGGGACUGUUCGGACCCGGCUGCGUCCAGACAUGCAACUGCACAGGUGCACCGUGCGACAGAGAGACGGGACGAUGCCGCUGUCCGGCUGGGACGUACGGACAGCGGUGUGAUAACCCGUGUCCGGAGGGGUCGUGGGGUCCCGGCUGCGAGGAGACCUGCCCCGCUUGUGAGAACGGGGGCGUUUGUGACAAACACAACGGGUCCUGUAGCUGCCCGCCUGGACGCGUUGGAAGACUGUGCCAAAACUCAUGCCUGAGCGGACGUUUUGGUCCGGGAUGCCAGAGGAGAUGUGCCUGCGAGAACAACGCACGCUGUGACCCGGUGACUGGACGUUGUACCUGCGCUCCUGGAUGGACGGGACCCAGCUGCAGAAAAGCGUGCGCCGCAGGGCGGUGGGGAGCCGACUGCACAGAAAGCUGCGACUGCGGAAACGGAGACGGCAGCUGCGACGCCGUGACGGGCCGGUGCAGCUGUGCAGCAGGUUUCACCGGACCAGGCUGUCAUCAGAAGUGCCCUGCAGGUAUGUUUGGUCUGGCUUGUGGCCGUCGCUGUCAGUGUGAGAACGAGGCGCUGUGUGACCAUGUGAGUGGGGCGUGCACCUGCCAGGUGGGAUGGACGGGCACCUUCUGUGAAAAGCCGUGUCCUCAGGGUUUCUACGGCCUGGACUGCCAGGAGAAAUGUUCCUGUCAGAACGGUGGCAGCUGCGAUCACGUCAGCGGCGUUUGCUCCUGCCCCACAGGCUGGAUCGGCCCCUUCUGCAACUUCACGUGCCCGGCUGGUUUCUAUGGACCGGGAUGUAACCGGACCUGCGGCUGUCGUAACGGCGGCAUCUGCCACCCGGCCGGUGGGCAGUGUGCGUGCACGGCCGGCUGGACCGGACCCAACUGCACAGAAGAAUGCCCGGCUGGCUUUUAUGGAGCAGACUGUCAGCAGCUCUGCUUGUGCCAGAAUGGAGCCACCUGCAACAGAACGGACGGGAAGUGCGCCUGUCCUGCUGGAUGGACGGGUACGGCCUGUGAACUGGAGUGCGCGGCGGGCCGUUUCGGGGCAGACUGCCAGCGGCGGUGUGAAUGUGAGAAUGGCGGCCUGUGCGACCGGCAGACGGGACGGUGCGGCUGCAGCUCCGGCUGGGUGGGGGAGCGCUGUGAGAAAGCGUGUGAAGCGGGCCUGUACGGGGUCGGCUGCACCGAGCGCUGUCGGUGUGCGCACGGGGCGUCCUGUCAUCACGUGACCGGGGAGUGCCGGUGUCCUCCGGGCUGGAGGGGAAAGCUCUGCGACAAAGCCUGUUUGCCUGGUACGUUCGGGGAGGGCUGCACGCAGCGCUGCAGCUGUGCCCAGGGAACCUCCUGCCACCACGUCUCCGGAGAGUGCGGCUGUCCUCCCGGAUUUACCGGCAACGGCUGCGAACAGACUUGUAUUCCAGGAUUGUUCGGCCCCAACUGUAACCAGGUCUGCCAGUGUUCAGAGACGAACCAGCUCUGCCACCCGGUGUCUGGAUCGUGCUACUGCGCCCCGGGUUUUCACGGCGCCAAAUGUGACCAAACCUGCGAAGAGGGUCGCUACGGCCCCGGCUGUCAGAGAGAGUGUCGCUGUGAAAACGGAGGACGGUGUCUUCCUUCAACCGGAGCGUGUCGAUGUCCGGCUGGCUUCAUAGGCCCCCGCUGCAACAUCACGUGUCCGGUCGGGCGUUACGGCGCUGACUGCAACCAGGUGACGGCGUGUGGAGCCGGAGCCCAGAACGACCCCGUCACAGGGAGAUGUGUGUGCCCCCCGGGACGCAGAGGACAGGACUGUAGCCAGAGCUGCCCUCUCGGCUGGUUCGGGGCAGACUGCGCCCGACGCUGCAACUGCAGUAAUGGAGGAUUGUGCGACUCGGUGACCGGCGACUGCACCUGUGGUCUGGGCUGGACCGGGGAACGCUGCAGCAUCGAGUGUCCCGUGGGCCGGUUCGGUGCCAACUGUCAGCUGAAAUGUAGCUGUCAAAAUAACGGCUCUUGUGACAAAGCGACGGGAACGUGUCAGUGCGGAUCGGGCUACUACGGACAUCUGUGCGAACACGUCUGUCCUCCUGGUUUCCACGGUCCGCGGUGUCGGCUGCAGUGUGACUGCGUGAACGGCGCCGCCUGUCACCCCGUGUUGGGCCACUGCAUCUGUCCUCCAGGAUAUCAGGGGGCCCGCUGCCACAGAGUGUGUGAGCGGGGGAGGUUCGGUCAAGGCUGCGCCAAGGUGUGCGACUGCGAAGGCGACGCGUCAUGUGAUCCUGUGACUGGAAGAUGCAUCUGCCCCUCCGGAAAGACAGGGUCCAGAUGCGACAUCGACUGCAGAGGCGAUCGUUACGGGCCAGACUGCGCAGAGGCCUGCGAGUGUGGGAACGGGGCGCAGUGCGACCGGCGCAGCGGCCGCUGUCUCUGCCCUCACAGCUGGAUGGGACUCUCCUGUCAGGAAGGUGGACCCCCACUCUACAGCUCUGGAAGCAGCAGAGGGGACUCGCAGCAUAACUCAUUAUAACAGCUCCAUGGAGCUGCAAACCUAAAACUGGGACAGGCGAACAAUGAAAUGAAAAAGCCUGACAGGAAGCGGCAGCAGCUAGAGAGACUCUCUCUGAAGGGAACCGCAGCUGAAAACAAGGUUGCAACCUGGAUCUGUGGGACAACCGUGACAAUAUUUCCACAAGCAGAGUGCAGCGUCAGGACAUUGUCGCCUUUGUUGGACUUCCAGCGAUGUCUUUAACAGAACUUUUUGCAGGUACUGUAUAUGAACCCUCCCUGCGGUCGAUGUUGAUGCCAUUAUUAGUGAAUGUGAGGGAGCAGUUUUCCAAUAUUUAAACCAAAGUAUUUAUACAUAUCAGACUGUUUCCACAUCGCAUCACUUUCCAGCUGCAAACUUCUACGUGUUUAAUGGUGAUUUACGCUACAGAUCAACGCAAAGUUGUGAAUAAUUGUGACAUGUAGUAGUCAUGGUUUGAAAAGCCAUUACCCCCCCCCCCGAGUCAAAACUUUGUAAAGACGGACAUUGUUCCCCAUUCAGAUUUUAUGAAGAUAAUUUUCAGUGUGGAUACAUUUUCUAAAUUGGAUUUAUAGGUCUGGACUUUGACUAGGCCAUUCUAACACAUGAGGGUGCAUUGAUUUAAACCAAUACAUGAUGAGAGUGGUGGUUCUGCUUUAGGAUAAACCAUCAUGUCUCACGGUGUGUUUAGUAAAAUACGGCAUUAAUUUAAGCUGCACAUUUUGCAUGUAGGUCAAAAAGUUACAAUCUAGUGUCAUGGUCCUGACCACAGAGUCUUUCACCUGAGCUUUGGAUCUCUGCAGCUCAUCCAGUUAUCAUCGAGAUGAGUGUAGUAUUGAUUCUUUGCUGUCAAACAGAUGCUAAAUUAAAUUUCUAAUGUGAAAACAGCACAUACAUCACAUUUAAUUGUAGGUAAUUAAUAUGCAAAUUAGCAAUAACUGAAGACAACUCAGACCACUAGAUGGCAGCGAGGUGCUUCAGAAAAUUUACUUUGUUUAUGUGGAAUAUGCAACGACCUGCGUCAGUGGGAUACAUAUGGAUUUGGACCAUUUUAUCAUCAGAAGCAAUUAGAAAAAUGUCUCCCUGACUGGUUUCCUCAUCCUAUGUGAUGCAUUUUGUUCUCUAAUGAACCUCUAAAGGCCUUCACAGCAGUGCUGUAUUUGUACUUUUACUAAAUAAGUCACAGGUGGGCUCAACUCCUACAGGCAACAUGUUGCACAGGAUUUUAUUUAGGAUCAUCAGAGUAAAAUGGGGCUGAAUACAAAUUAAUGCCAAACUUUCCUGAUUUUUAUUUAUCAAAUACGUUGCUUUGCACAAAGUACUUCAUGUUGGUCAAUCGCUUAAAAAAAUGCUGAAGUUUGUGGUUGUAAUGUGGAAAAGUUAAUGGGGUAUGAAUACUUUUGCCUCAAACAGUGCGAUAUUCCAGCUACUAAAUGAAGCAGCAUUCAUGUGCACCUUCUACAAACUUUAACCAUGAUCUGAAAAGGUUUUGUGUAUAAAUGGUUUCCUAUUUAUAUUUUAUAUGGUUGUUGUUGUUUUUUUUACAGCUUAACAGUGAACAUGGUGGGAAAUAAAGACAGAUGCACUCAGGGUCGGUUUACCAUUCUUAUCUUUUAUCAUUACUUCAUUUUUUUUUUUCAUUUAAAGAUUGAAGCUGUACAACCUAAGGUUCAAAUUCAAGCACAGUGCAGAUAGCAACGGCUGCGAAAAAGAAAAACUCGAAAUAAAAAAAGAGAAAAAGGCAGAGGUGAUCACAACCAGAAGUAUGUACACAAAGGUCAGAGUAUGUACAGAAGAUACGAGGCUGCCACCGCGUCGUCUUCAGAGUGAAAUCAGCACAAUGCUCCAACCCAGCAUUCCUCAAAAUACACAUUAGUUGUUGUUUUUUUUUUUCCCUCUUUGUUUUGGUCAGUCCUUAAACUCCAUACAAUACUGACAGAAUAAUGCAGCAUGAUGGUAAAUAAAAAUAACAGCUCUUAUAACUUUUUCUAUGGCGUUAAAGGCUAAAAGAUAAAAAA